AGAGGGAGGUUUACGGUGGAGUCGUGUAUGUGUCUGUGUGACACUCGGUUUUUUAACUCAUCCUCUCUUCCACCCUGUCUUUCAUCCUCUCUUCAGCUUGUCGCCGGGCUGCCCUGUGGUUGAGGAUCCAGCCUGCUGAAAGCGGACGUCAAAGCGUGAGGGGAAGCGUCAGACUCGGCGACAGGAGAGCGCUGCUGCCCGGCAGCCGUCAGCCACACACGUGUUAGCUGCUGCGCUAGCGAUGAGGAUGAUGAAGCGACCUAACAUCCUGCUGACAGGAACCCCCGGUGUUGGGAAGACCACCUUGGGAAAGGAGCUGGCUCAGAGGACGGGGCUGAGCUACGUGAACGUAGGAGAGCUGGCUCAGGAGGGACAGCUUUUUGAUGGCUUUGACGAAGAGUACCAGUGUCCAAUUCUGGAUGAGGACAGGGUGGUGGAUGAGCUGGACGACAAGAUGAAGGAGGGCGGUGUGAUCGUGGAUUACCACGGCUGCGACUUCUUCCCCGAGCGCUGGUUCCACAUUGUGUUUGUCCUCCGCACAGACAAUAGCCACCUGUACAGUCGGCUAGAGAGCAGGGGCUACACGGGGAAGAAACUGCAGGACAACGUGCAGUGUGAGAUCUUUCAGACCAUCUAUGAGGAAGCUAUGGAGGCCUACAAAGAGGAGAUCGUGCACCAGCUGCCCAGCAACGAGCCGGAGGACCUGGAACGAAACCUAGAGCAGAUAGUCCAGUGGACCGAGCAGUGGAUGAAGGACAAUAACUAGAUGCUUAACUAGGCCUGGUUGCACAUGGCAGGACUUGAUUACAGUACUUACAGAUCCAGAGAUACUUAGAGAGAAACACAUACACCUGGAAAUGGUUUUGAAGCCACAGUUGCCGCUGAAAUGGUUGCAUGGAUUUGCAAAAUAAUCAUAUUCCUUUGAGUAUAUUUUUAUACUGCAGAACCAUUUGAAAAUAUUGAGAAACAUUGCAGUCUUUUAUCAAAAAAUGUAAACAAACGAGUUUAUGCUGUUACUGUUGAUGGGCUUCAAAGUCAGUCGGUACUUGCAUAAUUUCCUGGUGUCUUGUAUAUUGCAUUCUUAUUUUUGUGAGGAAAAUGUGAUUUAAUCAAUUGUAGUCAAAACAUUUAACAUUUAUGAAACCAUCAAAUGAGUGCCAAGAAUAUAUAUAUAUAUAUAUAUAUAUAUAUAUAUAUAUAUAUAUAUAUAUAUAUAUAUAUAUAUACACAUAUAUGACCUUUUUUAUUUCUUUGUACCAAAUGAAAACUAGCCACGUCAGCAUCGACUGGCAUUACAUUCCAAUAGACCUUGUUCAUGGCUAUCAUUUUGACAUGUAAUAGCAGGUAAACACAGGUGUUACUCAUGAUAUUAAGGUUCUGUUCCAUUGAAAUGAACAACCUUGGCUCUGUCAGACCUAAAUGGAAAAGAACCUUUGUUAAUGUCACUAGUAACACCUGUGUUUCCCCUGCUUUUUCAUGUUAAAAUGACUGCUGUGAAAAAGGGCUAUGGAGGAAUACAGGAAUUACUGGUCAAGCAGAAAACAAGUCAAUUCAAUCUGUCUGUAGUUUCCCCAGUCACCACCAGGGGGAGCCCGUGGAAACUCAACACAGAACCCUCAGCCUUAAAGACUAACUAUACCCCAAACCCAAAUGUCUGUGAAGCCUGACCUCUACUCGUGAAAAGUAGGGUUUCUGGUCUUUGUUACAAGGUGAUGUCACCACCCGUAGAGAACAACAGAUGGCGACAUCACCUGCUACCAAAGACCAGGCACCCUGCUUCUCACCAGUAGAGGUCAGUCUUCCCAUCAUUCAGGUUUGGGGUUUAGUUAGUCUUUAACAGCAUUUAACAAUAUUCUUUUCACUAGUUGCAGUUGGAGUUUUGUCUUCCUGUUUCUAUUCUUAGCAGUAACUUCCCCCUUGCUCCCCUUCCCUCCUUUUCCAGUGCUGAUUAAAAAAAAAGGUUACUUCACUCAUAAUGCAUCAUUUUUGUGUCAAGCACUUACUAUGCUCUGCCUCCAGUCCCUCACAGAAAGUUUUACUUGCAAGCCUUGAUGGAAAACUUAAAUUACAAAAAUGCUAGCUAUCUCUCAUUCAAUGAAAAAAAAAAAAAAAAACAGGAUCCAUAGUUUUACAACAGCAAAACACUACCAAAAGUUCAGUUUUAAAAGCUCAACUCGUCAUGCAGUUUAAUCCCAGUCUCUGGCAUCCAGUUGCAUACUCAGUAUUUCCCCAAGAUGGAUAUUUUUGCUCAGAUUUUGAUGCGAAGACUACUCCACAAACUCCUCUCAUGCACGGUCAUGAAGUGUGUGCGUGUCACUGGUCAGGCAGCUUGGACAUGCGUGUGCACACAUGCUUCAUAACUGCAUGAGUAAUUUUGUGGAAGUGGUGUUUACAGCAAGAUUUGAGCGAAAGUCUGCAUUUGGGUGAGCUACUUAAACUGAACUUUGAUAGCAUUGUAAAUUUAUGGAGCCAUUUUUGUCUGUUGGGUCAGAGAUGGUUUGCAAGUAAAACUUUCUUUGUCAGGGACUGAAGGCAGCACAUGAUGACUACUUUAUUAAAAACUUGGACAUUGUGGUUGAAGUAUCCCCUUAAGCAAGAAGCUUUGACGCAAACAAAGACAGGAAGUAGGGAACAUUUGACAAAGGCAAGUGUUUUAACUAGACAAUCAUGUUGUACCACACAACUAAGUUACAGCAUAAAUCGUCUUAAUUGAAGUACCAAUUACAUUAAAGGAGCAAUUAACCUA